AUGGCGACCAGAUACACGCCCGAUGAGUUGAUGUUCCUGCGCGACUCUCCUCUAGUCUCGAGGCCCGCGAGCCUUCCGCCAUCAGAUCAAUGGAUGGGGCCAACCGCGGACGUUACUCAUCAGCCGAGACGCCCUGCUGCAGAGCGCCACGUCCCACGUAACUCUGCCAACCCCGAAGAUAUUAUUCUUGGGCCGCCCAAGACUGCCUUCAUGUCUGCUGGCUCAAUGCGAAAUGCGAGCAAACCCUCAGACCUACCGGAACGACCUUCUAUUCGAGAUGCAGACUCUAAUGACCGAUACAAUCUUCGAAAUAAGGGCAGAGAAGGCGAGGGAGAGCGAACUAGGGGGGAGAGAAACAGCAAUUUACGAUUGAAGCGUAUUGAAGGCGAUCGCGACCAGGACGGUGAAGGCUGGAGCACAGUCAAGCCGAGAAAGAGUUUUGGCACUGAGGGUGCUGAGAGAUUCAAUGGACGAAUGGGAGGGGUGGACAGACACAGAGAGGAUAGGAAAUACAGGGACCGGGAAGAUCGUGAGGUCAAGGAAAAGCCACGAGGUUUCGAUACAUUCUCGCGAGAUAUUGAGCAUGAUCAGGAGAGAGAGACCCGCCGAAGUGGGACUGGUCGUGGUCGAAACGAAUCCUGGUUUAAGGACAAGGAGCCUGCCGAUGCACCAACCACGCCGAGGGAUCGUAAUAGCAAUGGGGACCGGUUCAUUGACAGAAAUCGUGGAUGGAGAGAAAAGGAAAAUGGUGAUAGCAGAGGCGGCGAUCGUGUCGAGAGAAAUGAGAAAGGGAAUAAGGGAGAUAGAGGAGAGCGCCGCUGGGGGGAUCAACCACAGGAAAACACUCCCGAGUGGUCUUUGGAUGUGCCUGUUGAAGAAAAGCCCAAAACCAACCAGACCAAGACUGCAGAGGACUUUCAGAAGUGGAAGGAACAGAUGCAAGGAAAAGACAAGGUUGCUGUGACCACUCUGGAGGAAACCAAGCCCGAUGAGCCGCCGUCUCUUAUUCCAGAGAAGUCGAGGGUUGAAACUCCGUUGGAAAUGAACAAUGGACCUGAUAAAUUCUUUGGCUCAUGGAUUGGUGGUAAAGAAGGAACCACCCCGGAAGAGCCUAAGAUGGAGGCCACUCCGAAGGCCAAGACUAUGGGGAAAGCUUCUCGAUUCACCUCGUUCUUUACUCCUCAGGAGGAGCCACAGCGGCGAGUGACAGAGCCAGUCGCACCCCCGUCCUCGGCGCCCAUGCAGAGUGGACUUGCGGCAUUCUUCGGUGGCGGUCUUGGUGGAGGGCAGCCCAGUUCAAGUGACAACAAUUCCCAGUCUGCAGCAGCAGAAAAAGAAGCAUUCCAAAGCUUGCUUCAAAAGCUUCAGCACCAAACAUUGAGUAGUUCUGGGUCUACUCCGCCUCUUGAUGCUUCGAGACAACCAAAACCUACGCCACCGGAGAAGCAGCGGAGCAACCCAGUUCCUGGGCCAGAGAUUUACCAGCAGUAUCGCGCCGAACGUCCAGAAGAGGCUCGCCCAAGCGCCCGCAACCCUCAACAGUCUAUCCCACAAGAGAUAUUGAAUCAGCGCCAAAUCACUGGAAGCCAGCCGAUCAUCCGACCAGAACAGAUGUUGCAGGAACUUGUGGGUCAGCGCCACAGUGCCACGAGCCAACCUUCGAGACCCGACUUACCCCCAUCUCGCAACAACAAUGCCGAUUUUCUCAUGGGUCUCAUGCAGAGUGCCAGAGCAGCACCUGAUCCUCGGCCAACGGAGCAGACGCUUUUGAGAAUGGCACCUAGGACUGUCGACCGCAUGAUGCAGCAGCAAGUUAUCGAGCGCGAGCAGGAACUGCAACGAGAAGCAGCUCAGCGUGAACGAGCCUCGCAACGCCAAGUCCGACCUCCGCCUCCUCCUGGAUUUAUGUCUUUUGACGAGGCCACUGUUUACCGAGGUCUCCCGCAUCAUGAACGACAGCCAGGUAACCCACCUCAGCCAACUCAGAUUCUGCAGCGCCCCCCGCCUCCGGGACUCGAUAUGGGCUGGGACCGCCAACCUCAACUUCCACCUCAACAUCGCAUUGCCCAGAACAUUGCUCCUCCCCCGGGACUCGCCAACGGCCCAAGCAACGGACCCAACAGAGGAAUGCCCCUGCCCCAGAAUAUGUACCCACCGGGCUUCCCCAUGGGCGCCUUCCCCCCUCCCGACGUCAUGGCCGGUCCUCCUCGUAACAUGCAGAUGCAGCCCCCGCCAGGCUUCUUCAACCAGCCUCCACCAGGCUUCAUGCCACCCGGCAUGAGCGGCUUCCAAGGACCCGAAGGCAUGUCGUUUGGCUCGCCAUUCGACGGCCGCGGACCUCCCCACCAGGGUGCCUUCAGACGACAGUAG